UAACCGGAAGAGAACAUGGUCCACUUUGUUAAACAGCAUUAGGAGGCCAGCUGCAGCCCAUGGAUGUCAAUGGAUACCCAAAGCCCCAGCCCUCCCCCGAAACUCGUGGGCCUCCUUCCCCGACCUCUAACACAGUCCUGGUGAGCAAGAAUCUAGAGCAAGAUUCCUUCAGUGUGGUGGGAGACAGGUUCCCACUGAAAACAGGUGCUGUGGUUAUUGACAUGGGCACAGGCACCUGUAAGGUAGGCUUUGCAGGACAAUCCCAACCCACCUACUCGGUGGCCACCAUCCUGGGUUGCCAGCCCAAGAAACAGGCUACCAAGGGCCAAUCGGAGCUGGAAACUUUUAUUGGGGAGGCAGCCCGCUCCCGCCCAGAACUGAGGUUGGUGAAGCCUAUUCGCAAUGGCAUUGUGGUGGACUGGGAAGCAGCCGAACUAAUAUGGCGACACAUCCUGGAACAUGAUCUCCGAGUAGCCACCCAGGAGCACCCUCUACUGUUUUCGGAUCCACCCUUCAGCCCUGCCACCAACCGAGAGAAGCUAGUAGAGGUGGCCUUUGAGUCUCUGCACUCCCCAGCCUUGUAUGUGGCCUCUCAAUCUGUAUUGUCAGUCUAUGCUCACGGUCGUGUUAACGGACUCGUUGUGGACACUGGCCACGGAGUCAGCUACACAGUGCCAGUUGUUCAGGGUUACAACUUACCCCAUGCCAUCCAACGCUUGGACCUGGCAGGCAACCAUCUUACUGCCUUCCUAGCAGAAAUGAUCCUGGGCUCUGGCUUCUCAUUGCAACAGGAGGACCUGGACUUGGUGGAGAACAUCAAACAUCGUUACUGCUAUUUGGCCUCAGAUUUCCAAAAGGAACAGGCCCGCCCAGAUCAGGAGUGCAAGCAAACUCUGAGGCUUCCUGAUGGACGGACUGUUACUCUGGGAAAAGAGUUAUUCCAGUGUCCAGAGCUCCUAUUCCAUCCCCCAGAGAUUCCAGGAUUAUCGCCCAUGGGCCUCCCAGCCAUGGCUGAACAGAGCCUCCUCAGGGUGCCUCAAGAUCUACGGCCCCAUGUGGCCCAGAAUGUGAUCUUAUGUGGAGGCUCCUCACUCUUCACCGGCCUGGAGAGUCGCUUCAGGACAGAGCUGCUACGUUCUCUGUCCCCUGAGGACCACGUAGUGGUGAUGGCACAGCCCAACAGGAAUCUUUCAGUGUGGAUCGGGGGCUCCAUUUUGGCCUCACUACAUGCUUUCCAGUCCUGUUGGGUCCUGCGGGAACAAUAUGAAGAAAUGGGACCCCAGGUUGUAUACCGAAAAUGCUACUAACAUGGGACAAGGAGGGAAGGGCUAAGGGCAGUAAAGCUUUCUUGAAAAGCAAA